AUGACAGCCCGCACCUUCACCCAACCCUCAUCCCUAAACGAAUCCUUGGCAACCACCGCCAUGUCUACUUCCAACGAAAACGGCACCGCUCGCUCCAUGGAAGCAGCCAAGGAGAGCCAGCAGGCCUUCUCCGCAGAAGCAAAGGCGCCCUUGGCCAAUUCCACAAAUCCAAACUCGAAGCCAGGCAUCACCUUUGCUUCUCAAGACGCGCUGCCUAAGCUGCCCAUACCCGAACUUGACGCUUCGUGCAAGAAGUACUUGGCUGCCUUGAAGCCAUUGCAGUCCGCAAAAGAGCACAACGACACGCAGCACUCAGUCGAAGAUUUCCUGAAAGCAGACGGCGCUGUGCUCCAAGAAAAGCUGAAGAAGUACGCUAGCGAUAAAGCCAACUACAUUGAGCAGUUUUGGUACGACUCAUAUCUCAACUUUGAUAACCCGGUUGUGCUGAACCUAAACCCUUUCUUUCUCCUCGAAGAUGAUCCUACCCCAGCUCGUAACAACCAAGUCACCCGUGCUGCCUCCCUGGUCGUCUCAGCACUGUCAUUCGUUCGAGCAGUACGCCUGGAAGAGCUACCACCCGACACAAUCCGUGGUCAGCCACUCUGCAUGUACCAGUACUCGAGGCUGUUUGGCACGGCCAGGAUACCGACCGAGAACGGAUGCCAGAUCGGACAAGACCCAACCUCGAAACACGUCGUCGUCAUGUGUCACGGCCAGUUCUACUGGUUUGACGUCCUUGAUGACAACAACGACCUCAUCAUGACUGAAAAAGACAUCGCUCUGAACCUGCAGGUCAUCGUAGAGGACGCACAGGAAGUUCCCAUUCAAGAAGCUGCAAAGGGGGCGCUAGGCGUGCUGAGCACAGAGAACCGCAAAGUCUGGUCCGGUCUGCGCGACGUAUUGCACCGAGAGGAGGGCUCAAACAACUCCGACAGUCUGAACAUUGUCGACUCCGCGCUCUUUAUAUUGUGCUUGGACUACACAGAACCGCAGAGUGGCGCUGACUUGUGCAUGAAUAUGCUCUGCGGUACCAGCAAGGUGGAGCGGGGCGUUCAGGUGGGUACUUGCACGAAUCGAUGGUACGAUAAGAUGCAGAUCAUCGUGUGUAAAAACGGAAGUGCAGGCAUCAACUUCGAACACACCGGUGUCGACGGCCACACAGUCCUUCGCUUUGCCUCGGACGUGUACACCGACACGAUCCUUCGAUUUGCAAGGACCAUUAACGGUAGUGCACCAAGCCUCUGGGCAACCCAGAGCCCCGACCCUGCGAAGCGAGAUCCGGAGAGCUUUGGCGAUGUUCAGACUACACCUCACAAGCUUGAAUGGGACAUGGUCCCAGAGCUUAGCACCGCCCUUCGUUUUGCGGAGACGCGUCUUGCAGAUCUUAUCCAGCAAAACGAGUUUGCAACACUCGAAUUUCCUCACUAUGGAAAAAACUUCAUGACGUCUAUGGGCUUCUCGCCUGAUGCGUUCGUGCAGAUGGCCUUCCAGGCUGCCUACUACGGUCUCUAUGGCAGGAUAGAAUGCGUCUACGAGCCAGCAAUGACUAAGAUGUUCUACCACGGACGAACAGAAGCCAUCCGCUCAGUCACAGAAGAGUCGGUAGAUUUCUUGAAGACCUUCUGGGGCGAGAACCCAGCAGCAACCAAGAUUGAGGCACUCCGCAAAGCAUGCCAAAAGCACACCGAAAACACCAAGAUCUGCGCCAAAGCUCAAGGUCCGGACCGCCAUCUCUACGCCCUGUACUGCAUCUGGCAGCGCGCAAUCGACGAAGACGGUGCCGAAGCAGCCAGCAGCGACGGCUGGGACUCGACACGCCCGUCCAGCCCCGACGGUGUCAUAUCUCCCCACCGCAACUCCGUCCUGUCUGAGAAUGGCAGUAUAUCCAGUUCGCCACCAGCUCCAGUCCAACACUCGAUGCCAUCGCUCUUUGCAGACGGCGGUUGGGACAAGAUCAACACGACAAUCCUCUCGACAUCCAACUGCGGCAACCCAUCGCUCCGCCAGUUCGGUUUCGGCCCAACAUCAGCCGACGGCUUUGGCAUCGGAUACAUUAUCAAAGACGGGUCGAUAUCCAUCUGCGCAUCGUCCAAGCACCGCCAGACGAGCCGCUACAUCGAAGCACUGGAAUCAUACUUCCUCGAAGUGCGAAAACUCCUCCGACAAAUCAAGCGCCGAGGCACCAGCGUCGACAAGACCGCUUCCCGAGCGCGGGAAGCAGAAGACCGACCCAAGGCAGGCCGUUUCAAGAGCCGUGGACGCAAUAUCCUCCUCGAGGCCGGCAAAGGCCAGACGCCUGCGGAAAGCGUAGCAGACGAUGAGGAUGACGAUGGCCUCGGUGGAUAUGGCUUCUUCGAUGCCGGCAUACUGCGGCAGGCGCUCAACGCGAACAGCCAGAACGCGGCUGCCGAGCCGGCCGUCGAUCGCGACGUUGUGCGCCGGAACGUCGGGCGGCGGCUGCAGUUGGCUGAGUAUUAA